AUGUCCGCGACGUCGCUGCUGACGCUCCCAUUCCUCGUCCUGGUCUCAAUCCCCCUCGUCAUAACCGCCUCCAUUACCAUCUUCAUCUCUGUCUUAGCGCUCUUUCUCCAGCUUUCCGUCAUCUCAUUCGAGCUAUGCUACGCACUCGUGACGAACCUCUUCACCAUUCCUCCCUCCUCAAACUGGUCCCUCCUCAGUUUCAGCGUCUCGGGCCCGACCACCCCAGAUAGACGCCGCUCAUCAGAUUAUGGCCUCCGCCAUACUCCGCUGGCCUUCCGGGGCCAAGGCCAAGGUCAAAGCCAAAGCCGGAGCGGCCGCCCAAAUCUAGGCCCGCGGAUGGGCUCCUCAAACGCGCUCUUAGAUAGCCAAGAUACACUUCCUAACAUGAACCAAGAUAUCCCCUCUUACCUCGAGCAUAGACACAGAAACGGCCUUAGCAGCCACCACAGAAACUCCUCAGGGUUCUUCGGCCUCAUCAGCGGGGAUGUAGACCGUGACUUCGAGGGCCUGGGCGGCUGGCGCUGUCCACCCUCCUACACGAAAUCUCCGGGUUACCGUUCCGGCCGGGCAACGCCCUCCUCAUCCAAAUCAAACAGCGUCGGCGAUGAAAUCGACGACAUCGCCUGGCUGUCCAUGAACAGCCGCCUUGAACUCCCCUCGCAACCACUCCCUCUUAUGCCCCGCCACAGCAACAGUGCAAGCUCACAUAACCUCGUGCACGCGGCAUAUGGCGAUACCUCCGUUCUCCCGGAACCUCAACCGCAUCUUCCAUGGCGGAGCCGCAGCAGGAAGAACAGUCUCGCGGGCAUCCCAUCAAUCGUCUCAGCGGCCCCAGCAGCAGACCCCAAACGGAGCAAGAGCAAGGGCCAGAAGCGGCAUCACCGGAGGUCAGCGACCACGUCCGCCCUAUCUCUUUUGCCUCCGGCAGGAUCUGGAGCCGCUCCAACCUCCCCAUCGCAGUUCCGUCAGAGCCAGAGUCAGAGCUCUCACCACGGACAAACCCUGUCCCAAAUGACCAUGCAAUCGAGGGCCGAUGCCCUGCGCUCAAGGUCUCAUACCUCUUUGUCUGACCACUGGAUUCCGAAUGCGGGCUUUGGCUUUGGCUCUGGCUCGAUGGCUAGCUUUGCGAGUAGCGCCCCAGGAGCCGGUAGUUACUUUGCCCUGCAGCCGUUGAGCGCGAAUGCCGGCGGUGGUCAUGGAGCCCAGACGACUAGCAAUACGACCCCGAAUGAAGAGCGUAAGCCGGCUAGGGCUGCUAGGAAAGCUCAGACGCACCAAGUCCCAAGUUUAGGGAGUCGUUGA